CUAUGUUAAAUCAGAAUGUGACAUUCCACCAGAAGCAUGCAACUUCAUAUCAAUCAUGCACACUUUUUUGUUGAUUUUCCUUUAUUUGCAUCUUGAAAAGAUUUGACGAAUGAAGAAGAAGGAGAUGACGAAGAAUGAGGUGGAAAAUCACACGAGGACUGAUCAAGACGAGGCGAGUAACAAUGCUGAUGAAGAUAAUGAGAAGAUGUUGUGGAAAAUCACAAGUGGAGUUGAUAGAGAAGGGAGUAUUGAACUUGGUGGUGUGGAAGUGAGGUUUGAGGACUUAACCGUUGAGGCGGAUUGCUUUGUGGGAGAAAGAGCUCUCCCUACGUUGCCAAACGCUGCUCGUAACAUUGCAGAAGCAGCCUUGAGUUGCUUUGGGGUGAAGCUGGCUGAGAGAGCAAAGCUUCACAUACUUAAACACACUUCUGGCAUCAUUAAGCCCUCCAGGAUGACUCUUCUAUUAGGACCGCCUUUGUGUGGAAAAACAACCCUUUUGUUGGCUCUUGCAGGCAGGCUAAGCUCCGCCUUGAAGGCAAGUGGUGCAAUCACCUACAAUGGGCACAAGCUGUGCGAAUUCGUCCCACAGAAGACAGCAGCGUACGUCAGCCAAAACGAUGUUCAUGUAGCCGAGAUGACUGUGGGAGAGACCCUAAGCUUCUCAGCAAAAUGUCAAGGGGUUGGAUCAAGAUAUGAUUUCUUGAAGGAGAUCACAAGAAGCGAAAGCGAAAGCGAAGAUGGAAGCAGUGAUAUCACAGACUAUGUUCUCAAGAUACUAGGACUUGAGGAGUGUCGGGACACCAUCGUGGGGGAUCAGAUGCUCCGGGGGAUCUCAGGCGGCCAGAAGAAGCGCCUCACGAUAGGGGAGAUGAUUGUUGGGCCAUCCAAAGUGAUGUUCAUGGAUGAAAUAUCGACCGGCCUAGACAGCUCGACUACGUUCCAGGUGAUGAAGUGUAUGCAGCAGAUAGCACACCACACUGAGGCCACCAUACUGAUGUCCCUCCUUCAGCCAGAUCCAGAGACAUUCAACUUAUUUGAUGACAUCAUCCUCUUGUCUGAGGGUUACACGGUCUACCACGGUCCGAGACAGCACGUUCUUGAGUUCUUCGAAGUGAAUGGCUUCCAGUGUCCCCAAAGAAAGGGUGUUGUUGAUUUCCUCCAAGAGGUGACAUCAAAGAAGGAUCAGGAGCAGUAUUGGGCAGAUGCAACGAUACCAUACAGAUACGUCUCAGUUAGUGAAUUCGCAGAGAGAUUCAAGAAAUUCCAUGUAGGCAUCCGGCUUCAACGAGAGCUGUGUACCCCUUUUGACAGAAUUCGGAGUCCUAAAUCAGCUCUAGUUUAUCACAAGAACUUGGUGCCUCGGAGAGUGCUUCUCGAGGCAAACUUAGCCAAGGAGUGGCUUCUGAUAAAGAGGAACUCUUUCUUAUAUGUUUCCAAAACUGUCCAAAUUGUUGUUGUGGCAUUGAUUGCUUCAACUGUGUUCUUGAGGACUGGAAUGCGUGCUGGGAGCGAAGAGGAUGGAGCGGUCUACGUUGGAGCGCUCGUGUUUGGCAUGAUCAUCAACACGUUCAACGGAUACGUGGAGAUCUCACUCACUAUACAGAGACUUCCUGUUUAUUACAAGCAAAGGGAUUUACUGUUUCAUCCAACUUGGGUUUUUGCCAUACCACAUCUUCUUCUGAGGAUUCCGAUAUCCUUGUUUGAAUCUUUCGUGUGGACAGCCACGACUUAUUACACAAUCGGAUUCGCCCCUCAAGUAUCCAGAUUCUUGAAGCAGCUGCUGUGGGUGUUUUGUAUACAACAAAUGGCUGCCGGGAUGUUUAGGCUCAUCGCAGGAAUAUGCAGGACAAUGGUCAUCUCCAAAACCGGUGGCUCGCUUACUCUCCUGCUCGUUUUCCUCUUGGGAGGCUUCAUCGUCCCUCUCGAUCAAAUUCCAAUCUGGUGGAGAUGGGGAUACUGGAUUUCGCCUCUGAGUUACGGGUACAACUCUGUUGCAGUGAACGAGAUAUUCGCCUCAAGAUGGAUGGACAAGCUGGCCUCAGACAAUGUCACGCGAUUGGGAGUGUCGGUUUUGAAGCAGUUCGAUGUUUUCCAAGACGAGAAAUGGUACUGGAUAGGCAUAGGUGCUCUCUUGGGAUUCACAGCCAUCUUCAACAUAUUGUUUGUGAUUGCUCUCAUGUACCUAAACUCUUUCGAGAAGCCACAUGGUAUAAUAUCUCAAGAGCAGGCAACUACAGAGGGUAUAUACCAAGAGAAAACUGAUAAAAAAGUAACAACAGAUGCAGAUAAGAGGGGAAUGGUCCUGCCCUUCACGCCUUUAACCAUGUCGUUUGAAGACGUUAAUUACUACGUAGAUAUGCCCCCAGUAAUGCAAGAAAAAGGAGCAGCUGAGGGGAAACUCCAACUACUCCAUGAGCUAACUGGCUCAUUCAGGCCCGGUGUUUUGACAGCGUUGAUGGGUGUUAGUGGAGCAGGAAAAACCACGCUUAUGGAUGUUCUUUCCGGGAGAAAGACUCACGGCUAUAUUGAAGGCGACAUUAGAAUAUCCGGAUUCCCAAAGAAGCAAGAAACCUUUGCAAGAAUCUCGGGGUACUGUGAGCAGAACGACAUCCACUCGCCUCAAGUAACCGUCCAUGAGUCCUUGAUGUAUUCUGCUUUCCUUAGGCUCCCUCGAGAUGUUAGCAACAAUGAGAAAAUGAUCUUUGUGAGCGAAGUCAUGCGUCUAGUCGAGCUGGAUAACCUCAAGGACGCGAUAGUAGGGAUCCCCGGUGUAACUGGACUCUCGACAGAGCAGAGAAAGAGACUCACCAUAGCAGUCGAGCUCGUGGCCAAUCCCUCCAUCAUAUUCAUGGAUGAGCCAACUUCUGGUUUGGAUGCAAGAGCAGCAGCCAUUGUCAUGAGAACUGUGAGGAACACCGUGGACACGGGCAGGACCGUUGUCUGCACAAUACACCAGCCCGGGAUCGACCUAUUUGAAGCCUUCGAUGAGUUGCUUCUCAUGAAACGAGGCGGACGAGUCAUCUACGCAGGACCCCUGGGCCAACAAUCACGAAACGUCAUAGAUUACUUUGAGGCAGUGCCCGGAGUUCCCAAAAUCGAGGAGCUACGUAAUCCAGCAGCGUGGAUGAUUGAAGUGAGCUCAGAUGCAAUAGAAACGAGGCUUGGUAUUGAUUUUGGAGACUACUACAAAUCAACAUCUUUAUAUCAACAAAACAAGGCCAUAGUUCAAGAUUUAAAAUCUCCACCUCAAAAUUCAAAAGAUUUACACUUUCCUUCACAAUAUUCACAAUCAACACUAAGCCAGUUCAAACUAAUCCUCUGGAAGCUUAAAUGGACUUACUGGAGAAAUCCUGACUACAAUCUUUCGAGAUUUUUCUUCACACUCGCUGCAGCACUACUAAUCGGAUCGAUAUUCUGGAGAGUAGGAACAAAGAGAGAAAACAGCAAUGAUCUCACAACAGUUAUAGGAGCCAUGUAUGCAGCAGCGAUGUUUCUCGGGAUAAACAACUGUGCAACGGUGCAGCCAGCAAUCGCCAUCGAGAGGACAGUUUUCUACAGGGAGAAAGCUGCAGGGAUGUACUCUGUCUUGCCUUAUGCAAUGGCACAGGUGGUCACAGAGAUACCCUAUGUGUUUGUGCAAACCACAUACUACACACUAAUUGUAUACGCCAUGGUGAGAUUCGAGUGGGAGCCUACCAAGUUCCUCUGGUUCUUCUUCGUCAACUUCUUCUCCUUUCUCUACUUCACAUUCUACGGGAUGAUGACUGUCUCCGCCACGCCAAACCUUCACCUGGCUGCUGUCUUCUCCAACGCGUUCUACUACGUUUUCAACCUCUUCUCCGGCUUCUUCAUACCCGGACCAAACAUUCCAGCAUGGUGGAUUUGGUACUACUGGAUUUGUCCGAUGGCGUGGACAGUGUACGGGCUGAUCGUGUCUCAGUAUGGGGACGUGGAGGACGAGAUAAGAGUGGAGGCGACGGCCCUUAAAACAAGUGUAAGGAUCUAUGUUGAAGAGCAUUUUGGAUACAAGCUGGACUUCAUGGGAGAAGUUGGUGUGGUGUUGGUAGGUUUCACACUCUUCUUUUCCUUCAUGUAUGCUUAUUGUCUCAAAACACUCAAUUUCCAAAAGAGAUGAUGAAUGGAAAAACCACCUCAUUACUCAACAUUUGUACCAAUGUUUUCCAAGAAAUGGUUUAUUUUACUUGUAUUUGAACAUAUUGUUUAAUUGUAUAGAACUAGUAUAUCAGUAUAUGUUUCUUGAGAA